AUGGAAGUGUGCGAGCACACUGGCUGGCCGCCAUCCAGACCGCCCCGCCAGUUAGCGAGCGGUGAGACGGAGCGUAAAAAAGCCAAGGAUGGAGGCAGAGUGGAGGUCACCGCUGAUUGGCUCGGGGAUUUACUGCAGGAAAAAAAGGGAAGAUGGGGACAGACGUGGUCGCCCGUCGAUGACGAAGGCUCAACGGGAGACGAAUUCUACGAUGAUGAGGACCUCUACUCGGGAUCUGGCUCGGGAUUUCCUGACAUCAGCGUGAGGUCGACAUCAGUGUCCAUUUCCUUCACCACAGAACAACCCGUCCCCCAAUCCACCACUCAGGCCACCAGCCCCGCCCCAUCCGCCGCGCCCGCGGUGGAACCCAGCGCCGACCCGGACCCCGCCGUCGCCAUCACCAUCGCAGCUACCACGGCAACUGUCGUCGCUACCACGAAGGCCACCGCCGCCACCACCACCACCACCGCCGCCACCACCACCCUUCUGUCUACGGAAACAGAUGGCGAGAGCAGUGCAUUCUGGGAGCUGGAGCUAGAAAAGGAGAAGCAACUAGAAAGGGAGCGAGAACGGGAACGAGAGCGGGAGCGGGUCCGGGAGAUGGAGCGGCAACGGGAGCGUGAAAGAGAACGGGAGCGUGAAAGAGAACGGGAACGAGAACGGCAACGAGAGCGGGAGAGGGAACGCGAGCUGGAGCGCAUACGGGCCGCCGCCGCCAGAACCACCGCCUCCCCCAAAUCUUCACCGCCAGUCGCCGUAGUGACAACAGCAUCUCCCGCUGAAGAAGAAGAGGACGUGUACCUGUCGCCGGAGCCGACGUCGCUCUACCCCUCGUUAGACGCGGAGUCCACUACGGAGGAGGCGUCGACAACAAAUGUUCCCACCACCACCACCGCCCCGCCCACUACCACCCUGGCCACCACUCUCAAGUCCAGGUUCCCCUUCAGGCCCAGGGUUCCCGUGGCGACCACCACGCUGAAGGCACCCACAGAGAGAAGCACACGCCCGCCACUGCCAAAUGCCACACAGGCGCGCACAGAGGAGGGCAACAACGAGCUGGCCGCUGUCGGGCCCAGCGGGGACUUCGAGAUCCGUGAGGACCAGAGAAACGACCUGGGCCGGGGACUGGUGCCAGAGGAUCCGGAUCUGGUCGGCAACACGGUGGACGCCGGCAGCUCGGCCGCGCAGCUUCCGCAGAAGAACAUCCUAGAGAGGAAAGAAGUCUUGAUAGCUGUCAUCGUCGGCGGCGUGGUGGGCGCCCUGUUCGCCGCCUUCCUGGUCAUGCUCCUCGUCUACCGCAUGAAGAAGAAAGACGAAGGCAGCUACACACUGGAGGAGCCCAAGCAGGCCACCGUCACCUACCAGAAGCCGGACAAGCAGGAAGAGUUUUACGCGUAA